AUGGAGGAAAUGGGUCUAAGAGGGGAGGAGAUGGAUCUAAGAGGGGAGGAGAUGGGUCUAAGGGGGGAGAAGAUGGCUCUAAGGGGGGAGGAGAUGGGUCUAAGGGUGGAGAAGAUGGGUCUAAGGGGGCAGAAGAUGGGUCUAAGGGGGGAGAAGAUGGGUGGAGAUGGAGGAAAUGGGUCUAAGAGGGGAGGAGAUGGAUCUAAGAGGGGAGGAGAUGGGUCUAAGGGUGGAGAAGAUGGGUCUAAGGGGGCAGAAGAUGGGUCUAAGGGUGGAGCAGUUGGGUCUAAGGGGGCAGAAGAUGGGUCUAAGGGGGGGGGGGAAUUGGUUCUAAGAGGGGAGAUGGGUCUAAGAGGGAGAGAUGGCUGUAAGGGGGGAGGAGAUUGGCCUAAGGUGGAGGAAGGGAUGUGUCUAGGAGGGAGGGUUCGGCAAAAGGGGGAAAGGGGUCAGCCUAAAAGGAAUGGGUGGGUCUAA